AUGGCGGAGAUCUCAGGCGGCAGCUCCAGCCAAGGGGGGCAGAGGAAGAGGCUGCACCAGCUGUCCCCACCAGCCUGGGAGAAGGUGACAGCGGAGGAGGAAGAGGAAGGAACUCCCCAUGGAGUGGGGCCAGCCAGGGGGCGCAAGCUCUGGGGCCUCCUCCAGCGGGGCUUCCGCCGGGCUGUGGAGAAGAUGAAGAAGGAGGAAAUGAAGACCACCUACCUGAGCCACGGGCUGCAGCACUGGUGCCGCCUCGUCCUAGCCAGCCCCGUGCGCCACGUUACCCACGACUCGCAGAGGAAGGCCUUUGUGGUGCUGGACUCGGCCAACACGCUGCACCUGUUGACGGAGGACGGCUGCUGCAGGGGCAGCGUGAAGGGCCCAGCCCCCAUGGCGGGGGUCCUGUACGUCUCCCAGGUUGACCAGUUCGUGGCCUGGGAUGCAGGAGGCCUCCAGGUCCUGGACCCCCACUUCCGGCUGCUCUCCCAGGUGCAGUCCCUGCUGCCCAUCCACUGCAGCAUAUACAGCGAGCAGCUGAAUCGGAUUGUGACAGCCGGAGAUGGGAACCUGACCCUCUGGGACUUCCGCUAUGGCUUCCGGAGCCUCCAGUGCCAUGCCAGCGUGCGCACUGGCCUGGGGCCCCACGACGUCUUCGUCCGUCUCGCCUUGGACUCCAGCAGCAGUGAGCCCCAGCGCUGCUUCGCCUCUUGUGACGCCGGCGUGGCCACCUUUGACAUCGCUAGGGGCGGAAACCUCCUGGCCUUCAAGACGACACUCCACAGCAGAGAGAUCACGGAUCUCGCCUAUUGCGAAGCCAUCGGCUGCGUGAUCACUGCCUCGCGGGACACAACCAUCAAGGUGUGGGACAAGGAGUGGCACAUCCAGAUCGUCUUUGUGGGGCACACGGCUCCAGUCGUGGCUGUGACCAUCUACCCCCAGCGGCCCCUCAUCUUCUCUGCCUCCCAAGACGGGACCGUCCGCACCUGGAACCUCAACACCAUUGACCAGGUAGACCAGGUCCAUGUCUUGGAGCCUGUGGAGGCCCUGGAGACCCACACCAGAGCUCAUGUCAUCUCCAUCUCGGGCUGCACCCUGAACCUCUGGAAAAUCAACCAGCUCUACUCGCUGUACGCCUGGCUGGGAUCCCCUGCCAAGCGGCUCAGCUGCACUGACCUGAGCACGAUAGGCAACUUCCCUGUCCGUGUCCUCUGCCUGUGCCAGGAUUCCACGGUGCGGCUGCUGGAGGCCCAGAGUGGCGCUCCCCUGUCUGUCCUCUCCUUGGACCAGCCUUCCCGGGCCCAGGAGGUGGCCUACUGCUUGCCCCGGGAGACCCUCUUCGUGCUCCUGGAGCAAGGCCACGUGCUGCGCGUCAACACAGCCACCAGCCCCAUGACGGUGAAGAAGAGCUUCUCCAGCAGCCUCUGGGGAUCCAGGCCUUGCUGUCUCCUGCUGUACAGCCACCUGGUGGACCCUGACAAGGCUUACACCACUUGGCUGGAAGUGACCCAGAGCCAAGGCUACCGGAAGACGUGGCAGAAAGGCGCCCUCCAGGGGCAGGACAGGAACAGAUUCCUGCCAAUUCUAGGGCACAAAGAUGGCUCCCUCAGCAUCCUAGAUUGGUUCUCGGGCCGAGUCCAGUACACAGUAGAGGCACAUAGCUUUGAGCCCGUCACUGCGCUGGCUGAGUACCCCUCCCAGACGUGUGUCCUCUCAGCGGGUGCCGACCUCACGGUGAAGAUGUGGCGCCUCUUCCCCUACGCGGAGGAAUGCCUGCUGCUGCUCCUGUGUUUCUCCUGCGCCUGCCCUGCGUGGCACAUGUGUUCUCUUGGAGAGACCCUGGCGGUGGCCUUCCAGGACCCCGGAACGGUCACUUACAGCAUCGUCCACUACAACCUGAUGGAGCAGACGCGUUCCGAGCAUGGGCCCGAGGACGAUGCCCAGGACGACAUCACAGGCCUCUGCUGCUGCCCAAACCUAAAGCUGUUUGCCUCGGCCAGCCGGGACGGCUCGGUGAAGGUCUGGGACAUGAGGAACAGGCUGCUCCGGCACCUGAAGCUGAACACCAUCCCAGAGAGCCUGGCCUUUGCCAACCACAAGGGGGACCUGCUGGUUGGCCUGGAGCAGCACCUGUACCUCAUCUCCCACAGCGAGUACCUGCCCAGCUACUACCAGAUGAAGCUGCUGUGGGCAAAGUUCCUGGAGCCCCUCCAGAACGUUUCCCUCCCCAUCAGCACAUCCAACUUUGAGGCGCUGGUCCGGGAGAACCGCCGCCGGUUGAUGCAGGAGCUGCCUUCAAAGGAGGCCGAGGCUGAGCAAGGGGGACUGGCCCAGGCUAAAUGGCUUGCGGGGGGUGGGGGGCAAGGAGGCCAGUAUAUUUUGCCGAGGAUUGGAAAGAAGCCCGGGGGGGACUCUCUGCGGAGGAGGACUCAGAGGCAGGGACGUAACAGGGACACCACCACGGAGCUAGCCUGGAACAGAGAGCCUUCUGGAAUGGGGAUGGAGCAUAUCCUGGGAGCUGAGGUUGCCCGGAGGCUGCUAGCCUGGGCCCUCCAGCUCGGGGGGGGCAGUGGUUUCCCACCUCUGUGGCUUCUGCAAGGAAGGAGCCUCCAGUGGCUCAGAGAACGGCUGCCGCCCUGCAACUCUGGCAAAGGAGGAAGGAGGCAUGCUGCAGGCCAUGAGGAGAAGAGGAGGUUCUGCUCCCGUUCCUGCAGGUCCCCCAUGUCUGGAUCCUGCCGGAUGACCCUGAAAGAGUCCAGGGAGGUCAGAGAAGCCCGGGCCAAGCUGGAGGGCAUUUCCCAGCUGGUGGCAAGGAAUUGGGACUUGCAGCUGCUGCAGGAGGGGAAAAUCACCCCGGCCAAGAAGCUGCGCUUCACCAGGAAGAUGCGGGAGGAGGCCUUUGAGCGCUACCUGCAGGUCUUCUACAGGAAGCAGCUCAGCCUGAAGAUCCCUGAAGAGGAUCCCUUUGAUGCAGAUGAAGUGCUGGAAGCCCUGGACCAGGUGGAUCCCAUUGCUGCACUCCGUGGACCCACCAUUUCCAGCAUGUUCCUCGGGGGCUUUGCUAAGCCCCGGCCUCCUGAAACGGACAGCUCCAUCUUUGCGGAUGUCAGUCCCUCCCUGCUUUACCCAUCCUCAGCUGGUAUUCCUGCUGUGCUGCAGGUAAAGAGGAAAAAGGUGGACAUCGUUACCACCCCCUCCUCUGCCAGGAUGCCGGAGCCCCCCGCCCUGGAGAGGGCUGGACUGCCCCCACCCCACCUGGCUCAGGAGGCCCCGGAGCCCCUCGGGCCCCUUCCGGCGAGAGCUGGCAGGCGAGUGUCCCUGCCUGCCCUCAGACGGUCCGUGGAGGACGCGGUCACGUCGGCUGCACGCUCGGGCAGGGCUGAGAAGUCCGAAGUGAGCGCUCAACUCUUAGGUGCCCCCCAAGCCCCCUUGCCCCCCAGCCCCUGGAGGGACUCUUUCAGCAGCAAGAAGAGUGUUGUCCUCGGGGGACCAGUUUCGCCGCACACGGGCCAGGAGCCCCAGAAGUACCUGGCCUCCGCCUCGCUUCUGAAGAGCCCCCAGUUGUCCAUCAUCACCAAAGGCUUCUUUCCAGAGAGGCCCACCAGCCACCAGGGGCUGAUGUCACCUGCAGAGCUGGAGAGCCAGAGCUUCCAGGUGCCCAGAAUAUCCUCUGGUUUCAUCCCCAAUUCCGUGGUGGCCCAGCAGCUUUACCCCCUGGACAUGCUGAGGGAGAAGCUCAUGACGGUGAUAGGACCUCAGGAGGGGGUCUGGAUGAACGGGCAGUGGGUUGAGCAUCAUGAGUGGGAGCACCUUCUUCAGCAUCAUUCAGAGUGCGUGGAGAGUAAAGGACUUGAUGGAAAUAUGCGAGAACCAUUCCCAAGGCAAAGGGCUGAAACACUUUUUAAGCCGGAGAAGCAAGACAAAAUUUGGAAGCGGCUCGGGCAGACGCUCCCUGAUUCACUGGGGUAUAAAAGAGGGAGGAGCCCAUGGGAGCAGGGGUGGCUCGGUCUUGGGGGCCAGGAAGGGGUGCUCUGGCUGUGGGCUCCGAGGCUGUUCCCAGGAGAGGCUGUGAAGGGGCCUGUCCCUUCCUUCAUUUGCCAGGCGUCAGAACGCUCCUCGAGGGCCAGUUUAAUAUGGACGUUUGCCGGGGAGGAACCGCCUGAGGAAGAGCCAUUGCUGGUGGCCACGGACAGCACCUCCAAGUCCGGGAUCACACCAAUGAGGAAGGAGGAAGUCCCCUCCCCGAAACAGAGGUCAUCCGGGAUUUUCCUGACUCAGCUGGAUGAGUCCCAGUAUCCAGAACCGGCGAGGGAGGUGCCGGAAUUUGUUUUGCCCUUUGUGGGCCAAGCAUGGUUCCAGAAGCUUUUCCCAGAGGUGAGAGGUGCCUGCUGGAGACCAAGGACACUAGGGAGCCUUUCCCCCCCCCCCCAUCUCUUACCUUCUAGUCCUUACCGCAAUCUUUCUUGGGAACGGGCUAGCCUUGAGGGUUUCCCCCCCAAGAUGAGCUUGGAGGACUUCUUGAAGACACUCCAAGAAAGCCUGCUUUCCCACGAUGUCAACAUCAAGAGAAAAGUGGUGGGCAUCAUUGCACUCUUGCAAGACCAGUUGGACAGUGAGGCAAGGAGCAGCAUCCAGAACACGUUGAUCCAAGUGCUGAAUGAGAAGGGCAACGUCCCCUCUUUGCCAGAAAGGAUCCAGCAGAAUUUCUCCCUGGAAGCACUGCGCCUUCUCCUGAUGCUGGACAGAGAGAGCCAGGACGCGAUCGUGCAGCUGAUGGUUUGCUACCUGAUAGCUCCUGCCCCCCGCCGGGCAGUUAUUAAGGAUAUGAUAACAGGGCUGGGGCUUCAGGACCCUGACAGCUAUUUCUUCAAGGAGAUGGAUUCCUGGCCAGUGGGCACGGAGGACCCAAAGGAGGUUGUGCAGCAGUUCUGCAGCCAAUGGCUGGAGAAAGCGAUCAGGAUUUUCCAGGAGCACAGAAUUCAGCUGUGGGUGCAAGGGGCCUCGUCUGGGAAGAAGCCGUCCUUGCAGAGCUGCCACAAGGAACAGAAGAGCCGGAAGCCAUUGCAGAAGAGCCGCAAAGAAGCCAGGAAGCCCAGCGGGGGUGCUAUGAAGCCAGCCAAGCCUGCUCCCAAGAAAAGGGCGGCUCUUCCCCUGAGACGGGAAGUGAUGGACAGGGAGGAGGAUCUUGAGGAACAGUUGGGGAGGAAGGACAGCUCGGAAGACCCCCAGAAGGCCAAAGACCAGGCCAGUCCCUGGCAGCAGCCUGUUCGCCCUGUUGAUGCCAUCCAGUAUUUCACGGAAAGACAGCUGGAGAGCAAGCCGGAGGAAAUGAAAGAGCUGGUCCCUUUUGUGGUGGACUCUCCCCAGGACACUGUCUUGGCAUUGCCCCCUCUUCAGAAGGCUCAAGCAAUCCUGCGACUGGGAGAAACCAAUGCAAUGCUAAGAACGAGAGUUCCCGAGCGCUUCUACUUUCCAUACAUCUUCCCACGUUAUCUCAUGAGCGGCUUUGUCCCCUUCGUGAAACUUCCUCUGCCAAAAAUCAACUUGGAACCCUUCCCAUCCCUUUCGAGGAGGCCGGCAUCGCCAAAGACUUUUACUGCCACGCAGCGGUUAGUGCAGAAGUACUUCAUCCCAAAGUUUUCCUAUGCUGACAGCUAUCCUUGAAGACACAGCUGGCUUGCAGAGCUCCAGGAUGGAGCCAACGGGCAUCCAGGGGAGGAACGGGAUGGAUCCAUCGCUGAAGAGCUGCGCAAUACCAGCCUGACUGGAUUUUAGGCAGCAUGUGGUUUCUGGCCAGCU